UGGGUGUGUAUGUUAUAUUAAUCUCACACUAAUUAUAUACUGUAUGUUAACGGUGGAUCUCAAUAGUGGAGUACCCCCCAUAGUAAUUUGUGAGACGCAAUGAUUGAAAAAUAAAUAAUUCAAUCUCGAAUUUUCAAUGCGAUGAUAACAACACCUUGGCUAAAACAAGAGUACAAAAGAAAUUAGUAUGAGUGAUACAGAAGUACCUGAAUACGACGAUAAAGAGGAGGAAAGAAGUAAAUACAUUGAAAAGCCUGAAGAAGACAAAACUGAAGAGAAUGAAGUAAAGAAACCAGUUGAUCAUCAAGGUCUUCAACCAUCAGAUGGACCCGAACCUCAAGAAGAAGUUGUAUAUGAAAUUAAAGAAGAUCCAUCAUUUCAUGUUACUAGAGCUUUAUUUAUAGCCAAUUUAAGAAGACCAUUAAAUGCCAUUCAUUUUCAAAAUUAUUUAAAAGGUUUAGCAAAAGAAGCUGGAGAUUAUGUAGUUGAAAGAGCAUGGUUAAAUAGAACCAGAACUCAUGGAAUUGUACUACUUGAUAAUGAAGCAGGAGCAGAAUAUAUUAGAAGUAAAAUUCUUGGAUCAAUUUAUCCUUCAGCUUCAGAUGAUGCUAAAUUAAGAGAAGAAUAUGAAACUAGAGAAGAAGAAAGAUAUGAUCAACAACUUAAAGAAUAUAAUGAUGCAAUUGCUAGUGCAGGAUCAGAUGAUCAAAAAGAAAGUUUAACUCCACCUAUAGAACCAAGAAAAUAUACAGUUGAAAGACUUCCACUUUUUGUUGAUUAUAUUCCUGUUAAAGCUAUAAAUCAAUGGGUAUUUGAAGAAGAUAGAGGUCCAAGAAAUGGUAAAUGGAAAAUUGAGUAUGAAUCUAAAGGUGAAGAAGUUAUCGCAAGUCAUACUUUAUUAAAUGGAGAUUUCAUUCCUCGUCGUUAUCCUGGUCGUGAACGAGAAAGAAGAGGUGGAUAUAGAAGAGAUUCAUAUGGUCCUCCUCGUAGAGAUUAUGGAGGAUAUCGUGAUCGUGAUCGUGAUUAUGGUAGAUACAACAGAAGACCAUAUGAUAGACCAUAUGAUAGAUCAUAUGAAAGACCAUAUGACAGAGAUAGACGUCUGAGAGAUCAUUACAUUCCUGGACAAUCUAAUGAUCCAGAAAGAAGACAUCGUACUGAUUCUUAUGAGCCAUCAAGACAAAGGGAUAGAUCUCCAAAUUAAGUAAAAGUAAAAGUAAAAGAAUAAAAUUCAAAAGAAGUAAUUAAAAGAAGAUAACCCUUUAUAAC